AACCUGCCUAACCUUCUCAAAGAUGAUCGUUUUAAGGUUAUGUUUGAGAAUCCAGAUUUCCAGGUGGAUGAGCAGAGUGAAGAAUUUAGGCUCCUUAACCCACUUGUUUCUAAAAUAAGUGAGAAAAGAAAGAGGAAGCUAAAGAUUUUAGAGGAACUGGAAGCACAAGGACAGGAAGAGGAGGAAGAACCAGAAGGAAAAGCAAGUGAUGCAGAAAGUUCUGAGAGUUCAGAUGAUGAAAAAGGCUGGGUUGAAGAGGUCAGGAAACAGCGCAAGCUUCUACGCCAAGAGGAAAAAGUCAAGCGGCAGGAAAGGUUCAAGGAGGAUCAGCAAACAUUACUGAAACCUCAGUUUUUUGAGAUUAAAGAAGGAGAGGAAUUCAAAAGCUUCAAAGACUCUGCCAAAAAACAAAAAUUAAUGAAGAAAACUCUUGGAGAUCGUUUAAAGCUUGAAGAAAAACUUGGCACGCUGGAUGUGUGUGAUACCACAGUAGGCAGCAAACAGGCAACGUUCAAAUUAAAGAAGUCAGAGCAGCAAAGGAAACAGCAGGAAGCUGAGAAACAACAUCGUCAAGAGAGGAAAGCUCUUAGGCGUUCUGCUAGUCAUCUCAGGAGCAAACGUGGAAGAGGACGACUGUUUCGUUGAUUUUUUUUUUUUAAUGGGUGGUUUUUUUUAAGAAACUUUUAAUCUCAUUUUUCAUUUGA